GUGUCUGCUGGUCAACGCUGAGGGAGAAAAGGACCACCUUGCCGCACUUUGGAAAGAAGGCGGGAAACCUUUUCACCUCACGCCUAAGGUUAUGAGAAGGAGAUAUAUUGCUCCUACCCUAGGUAGGGUUUUGUAACACCAAAUCUGGUGGACCCCUGAGCACUCCCAGCACACAAUGGAGAAACCUCCACAGAAAGAACGAAAAACCCGCUUGUUCUUUAAACAAGAGUCCAAGCCUGUGGAACAGAAACCUGACACCAGUAACCAAGGGCUAAGGAAAGUAAGUGACAAGACGGUGAUAACUGGAGGCGCUGGCUAUUUUGGCUUCACUCUUGGACGAGCUCUUGCCAAAUCAGGAACUGAUGUAAUUCUCUAUGAUAUUAAUCAACCUCUUUGGGAAAUUCCAGAAGGAGUGGUACUCGUACAGGCAGAUGUGAGACACUAUGAUCACCUGUAUGCAGCCUGUGAAGGGGCAGAUUGCGUCAUUCAUGCAGCUGCGUAUGGCAUGACAGGAAUAGAACAAUUGCACAAGAAACAUAUUCGAUCUGUCAACGUUGGAGGAACUGGGGUAGUCCUCGAAGUGUGCAAACGGCGGGGCAUCCCCAGACUGAUAUACACAAGCACCAUCAAUGUGGUAUUUGCAGGACAAACCAUUAUCGAUGGCGAUGAGCAGAGCGUGCCUUAUUUUCCUUUAAACAAGCAAGUUAAUGAAUAUUCCAGAACCAAAUCCAUUGCAGAACAGAUGGUUCUAGCAGCCAAUGGUUCACACUUAGCAGGAGGUAGCAGGCUGUACACUUGUGCUCUUCGGCCACCUGGCAUCUACGGGCCGGAAGAACAAAGGCAUUUCCCCCGAAUGGCACUGAAUAUUCAGAGAGGGCUGUUUACUUGCAAAUUUGGGGCACCGGGAACUGUGAUGAACUGGGUUCAUGUCAAGAAUCUUGUUCAAGCUCAUAUCCUUGCUGCUGAAGCUCUCACUCCUGAGAAGAACUGUAUAGCUGGUGGUCAGGCAUAUUUUAUCAAUGACAACGAGAAAGUUAACCUUUUUGAAUGGUUAUCUCCGCUGUUUAAAGGAUUGGGUGUCAGUAAGCCAUGGAUACGUGUUCCUGUUUUUCUAGUUCAUCUGUCAGCUGUAGUAAUGGAAAAUGUGCACAAUGCAUUGAUGCCAAUUGUUGAAAUUACACCUCUGAUCACCAGAAAUGAGGUGCAUAAUGUGUCUUGCACAAACACAUUCAAGAUAGAUAAAGCUCGUGCGCACCUGGGCUAUUCCCCAAAGAAGUACUCAUUUGCUGACUGUGUGGAUCAUUAUUUGAAAACCAGACCUCGCAAGAGAAAUUUUUUCUUACUCAAAUGCUUCCUUGUGACAGUCUUCUUCAUCAGUCUGGUCCUUCUGGCUGUUUACUUCCAAGAGGUUUCAACGUUUCUCAGAGAGAACUGGGACAAGUAUCGGUAUCUUGUGGAAUAAGCCAGCCAUUGUCAGGUACAAGGCUAGGGGUUUGGAGAGCAUUGUUCUUGGAUUGUAUGGCCUGCUUUUCUCAGCUCUAAAGUAGUAGGCAAACAGAUACAUUAAGAGGAAUAAGGAACACACAAGGCAAUUGUUCUGAGGUGGCUAAUGAACAGGAAGCCAAAGAUGAUCAUCCAAAGGCACACUCAAAGCUCCAGGGACUUUGGGGGGUGUUGUUUUAAACCAACGGUCUCCUCCUCCAGUUGAUUCCUCAACUUUUUGUCAGAAUGAGGCAGAGAGGUCAGAAAGAGUGCUUGAAACAGCUGCGUACAAAUAACCCUCCAUAGCAACGCCAUGAUGACCUCCUGCCACUGUGUGUCGUGAUGAGAAAUGGACCGAUAAAAUGGGGGGGGGGAGAGAUCCAGGUAAACACUCUUGGCAGUCCACACAGCACCAUCUUGCGCAGCAUCUAACUCUCUCCAACUUUACAACAGUAAAACGCAUGGCCUGAAAAUAAAAGCACACUUGAAAACCCACCUGUCUCUGAGGGCCAAAGUAGACAUAACGGCUUGUAAAAUGCUAUCCAUUGGUCUGCCAUAUUCACAUAUAAAAUAGGAUUGGGGAAGAGGAUAUAUUAUUUUCAUGAAAUGAACAUAUUGGGGUGUGUUGCUUUAAGAGGGAUGGGGAACAUCUUAAAGUGGUUCACAUAAAAUACAACAUUUAAGAACAUCUCAACAAAAUUAGCCUAUAUUAUUAAAAGUAUCACUCCAAUGUCAAAAAUACAGUAUCUUGCAGCCGCAGAGAUUAGGCUACACAAUCAUAGUCCUAGCUGCUGUUAGUCAAGGAGAAAAGUUAGGAUUUUUCUACAGGUCUCUUUAAAAAUAUCCAGGGAUAAGAUCUGCUUUGAUUGUGGGGGAUAGCAUUGUACAGUUGUGGGGCCACGGCGGGAGUGCUUGCCAACCAAAUCCUUUUACUGGUGGACAUUUUAACAGGGCUUCAGAUACAGAUCUUAAAGUAUGGGCAGUCUCAGAUAGAGGUAGGCAAGUCACUUCUGCCUAAACAAUCCAAGGGCUUUCAGGGUCAUUGGCAGUAUUUUAACUGGGACACUCCCUCCCUCAGUGGACUACUACACACGCAUGCACGCACACCUACUUACCUUUCAGCGGAUUAAUAAACAAAGUUUUUCCUAGAAAAUAAUAGCAAAACACGUUAAAUCCGGCGGGGGGCGGGGAGUUCGCGACAGUUAAGGGAGAGAGAGAACAAAAUAAGUUCAGAGAAUUUCAGCCAACGGUGUUGUGUGUUUUCCAGUUGCGUUCCUUACAGACGCUGCAGUAAUCACGUGCUUUUUGCGUGCGGCACGUCGAGAUGUUGAAAUCUAUCCUAUUUAGGAAAAACGGGAUUUUAAGAGCACCAAUAUU